GUCAGCAUCGGAAAUGAACGCGCUGCAACGCAGACAGGAUGAGACCGGAUCCGGUUUGCACAUCACACAUCCACAAUUAAUUAUAAGCGGACCCGAGCUUUUCGUCCUGCGCGACUUUGGAUCAGCGUGGAUCGGUUGUCUUAGUUUUCGAGGCUCUGUCGGGGCUCGAGCCAAGAAGAAAACGUGGGGGACCCGGAGCCCGCGGAGGAAAGGGUUGCGGAUUUUAUAGGAUUAGAGCGCUUCUGUAUCUGCAAACUGUCGUGGGGCAGAGAGCUGCCCUGACAUGAACGGGGGGAGUGAAUGAGGGGAAACUGUGAGAGAAGAGCUCCUCACCGGGAAAGUUCGGUCAGAUUUUCUCGCCGACGUCCGCGCGUCUCAGCGAAGAACUGAACGAGGACACAGCCAUGCACCGAGACCAACGUCUGCCGCUCGCGCUCACAGAACAGACGUGUGUGUGGAUGUAACACGCUGCCGCUGGUUAGGAGCUCCAGGUUUGGUUCCACCUCUCUCAGCUGAAACUCGACCCCCCCCUUUCCCCCCCCGGCCCGUCACCUCAGCCCGCAAACCGAGGCGCGCCGAGCUGGAGGUGCCGCUGCAGACGCCACGGGACGAUCCAAAUACUGAUGUGAUGGGCUGUUGAUGGAGAGGAUUUCGAAUGUCAGCCGGGACAGUGGUCAUCGCAGGAGGAAUUCUAGCUACAGUCAUCUUACUGACCAUCGUCGCCGUACUGUGUUUAUGUAGGUUGCAGUAUUACUGCUGUAAGAGGGAGGAGUCUGAGAAGGGGGAAGAGGAGGAACCAGAGCUCGCCACCAUGUCACCGUCCCGCCCCCUGGCUCUGUCUGCUCCUCCUACGCCUCCCACGCCAGAGCACUACAGCGACCUGCCCGAGACCUACCCCCCCACCUUCCUCACCGAGGCCGACGGGCCCGCCAGCUACUCGCCGACCCCUCAACCGCGCAGGUGCCAGCGCUCGCAUGCCUUCUGCCCGUCCUGCGCCCGCUGCUCACUGCCCUUCUAUCUGCAGCACCCGGAGAGGCUGUGCAACGGCGGGCGCAGGAUCAGCUACAGGACUGUGCAGCAGCAGGACCUGGAACUGCCCGUGGACCUGGCCAGCCUCUACCAGAAGCUCAACCUCAUCCGCUCCGUCACCAUGAGGGAGGUGGUCACCCACAGCGUCAGCACCGACGUCUAGAAGCAGGCAGGAUGGAAGCGGCGACGUCCUGCCGCUCUGGAGGAAAGGCUGUCUGCAGACACGAACUCCAUCAGUGAGCUGGGGUCACUGCAUUCAUGCGGUACUGUACUGAUAAAUGACAACACUCGGGGCUUUAACGUGGCGGCCGCGGUGGAGGUCUCCAUCUCUGAAGCGACCGCAAACAGCUGAAUGCAGUUUGGAACACAAAAUGUUUCCGACAGACUUGAAAAGAAUAGUAUUUGUCAGUUAAGACUUAAAAGUGAUUUUGACCAGUAUGUUUGAUUAUGUCUUUAGCUAGUUAAGUAACCAACCAGGAUACACAACAGUAUACAGAUUGUGUCAAAGUACAAACAAGACAAUAAAUAAUUUGCGCUUUUGUCAGUAAAUUCAA